AUGCCUUCUGCCACGGCGUCUGGCUCCGACGCCAAAGGUGGAAAUGCACGGUCACGCGAACAUAAUCAAGGCAACCAAGAUCGCACCUACACGCCGGAACAAAAGGCUGCGGUUCUGCGAAUCCGAAAAUGUGGUCCGACCGACUUCUAUGAGAUUCUCGCCAUUGAGAAGACUGCGACGGAUAGUGAAAUUAAAAAGGCGUAUCGGAAGUUGAGUUUGUUGACACACCCUGAUAAGAAUUCCUAUGAUGGGGCAGACGAGGCAUUCAAAAUGGUGUCGCGAGCGUUUCAAAUCCUCUCAGACUCCGACAAGAAGUCUCGUUAUGACCGGUUCGGAGGAGACCCCGACAGCAGAUUCAACCCCGGACCAAGUACGUCGAGCGGAGGCUCUCCGUUCAGUGGAUUCAAUGGAGGAGGAGGAGGGUUCCCUCGCUCUGCCGGGGGUGGGGCAGCCUUCGAUGCGGAAAUAUCACCAGAAGAGAUGUUCAAUCGCUUCUUCAACGGUGGCUUUGGGGGCGGCGGCUUUGGUCCAUUUGCGGGUCCUCAAUUUGUCUUCAACAUGGGCGGAGGACCAGGAUUCCGGGUACACCAGUUUGGAGGAGGUGUGCCACGUCGUCGACCUCGUCCCACGGCAGCAAACAACACCAAUGAGCCCGCGCCUCCCGUGGAUGGAUGGGGCUUCGUUCGUCAACUCUUGCCGCUUAUUCUACUCUUCGUGCUUCCCCUCCUCUCGUCGCUUCUUACCGGCUCUUCGACUCCGGCUGGACCAACAUAUCGAUUUGACGCCCCUCUAAGUCCUCAUACCAUGGGCCGUACCACGCCGAGGCUCAACUUGAACUAUUUUGUAAAUCCAGUUGAUGUGGAAGACUAUAGUGCUCGCAAAUUCCGUCAGCUUGACCAGCGCGUUGAAGUGGACUACAUUACGAGGCUCCGACAUGACUGCGAGUCUGAAGUGCAUAUGCGUGAAAGGAUGAUCCAAGAUGCGCAGGGGUGGUUUUUCCCUGAUGUGGAAAAGAUGAAAGAAGCCCGCGCUUUAGAGCUGAAGCACUGUCGACGGUUGGAGCAAUUAAAGGGCAAAUACUGA